AUGGAUCCUUUACUCCUCAAUGCAAUUCAGCGUAGACACUCAAACAACAACCCAACUUUGAUGCCUUGCAACAAUAGUGGUGAAAAUAGGAUUUCCUUUGAGGCAUUUUUUACAGGUUGGUUAAUUAGGCAAAAGAACUACCUUGACCGGCUCAUUUCUGCUCAAAACAACUUCCAAAACAUUUCCGAGCUGGAAUUAAGUUCACUAGUCUCUCAGACCCUCACUCACUACCAACAAUACUAUGCCGCCAAAGUCGAGGCUGCUGGCUUUGACGUGUUUGCAAUGUUCGCACCCCCAUGGUUCAGCUCUUAUGAACUUACUUACCUAUGGAUAACGGGGUUCAAACCAAGUCUAGCUUUCAAAAUACUCGACAAGUCUGUUGAUCAAGAUGAGCUCACUGAUGAACAACUUGACGCGUUGUGUCGCUUGAGGGUGGAGACGAGAGCCGCUGAGAGAGAACUAAACAAUGAGAUGGCCAGAGUUCAAGAGAGCUGGGGGUUGCCACCCUUGGUAAAUCUAGCAUUGAAGAAUCCUGCUAAAAUACGUGUCGACGGUGAGACAGUACAUGCGGCGAUGCAGACACUGACAGAGGAGAUGGAAACUCUAGUUGCAAGUGCUGAUUACAUUAGAAUGAUGACUGCGAGGAAGAUCGUUGAGCUACUUAGUCCAGUUCAGAGUGUGAGGUUUUUAGCUGCUGCUACUCAACUUCAAAUUAACAUUCGUAAGCUGGGUUUGCAAAGAGAUGCAGAGAGAGGUCGAGGAAUUACGAGGAGUGCUCAAGAAUGA